GGUUGUUGCUAGUUUAGAAUGAUUCUAAACUUUGUUGUCUAGGUAUGUAGCGCUUGGAUAGGAAGUGGGGUUGUAAGUGACCUGAAUGAUCUUCGCCGAGUUCACAACCUUCUUGUCUCUUCCCUGGAUAAAGUGCAAGCAGGAAAGGGAUCUUCUAGCCAGCUUUACCGAGAGAGCGCGACCACUAUGGAAAAGCUCGCAGUUCUGAAAGCAUGGGCUGAGGUAUAUGUCGUUGCCAUGAAAAUUAAGAAAGAAGCAGAAACCAAACCAAAGCGUGUUUUAAAGAGCACAGAGGAGGAUGAGGAUGAUUUUGGUACUGUGGAUGAGUUGCCACCAGACAGUUUGAUAACACUUGUACAACCUGAACUGCCUGCACUGAGCCGUCUCUGGUUGGCUGCACUGAAAGAUUACGCUCUUUUAACUUUACCAGCUGAAUUUGCUACCCAGCUUCCACCAGAUGGAGGAGCAUUUUACACUCCAGAAACAAUUGACACAGCUAGACUGCAUUACCGAAACUCCUGGGCUCCCAUACUGCAUGCAGUGGCACUUUGGCUAAACAGUACAGGAUUUAAUGUGUCAGAAUCAACAGAAGACACUGCUGCAGCAAUGCCCAAUUCUCAGAAACGUGCUACAUCCAUUAUGUUAAACCAGACACCUGGAACUCCACCUACCACUAAAUCUUUGCCAGAGAUAAACAAAGAUCGAAUGCAUUUAAUUUUGGGUAAGAGUUACAAGUUUAGAAUUCAGUAGCAGCAUGUUAUGGUA